UCCUCUUAAACAAGGCUCUUUCCUAGCCUCUUUGUGCCACACACAUCACCUUGAGUUCUUCACCAUUGCAGCUUCCUCAUUCGUCUGAUUUCUGGGGAAAAUCUCUCUCUUCUGUCCUGUUUGUUUUUCCGGAAAGUUAUUGGGUUUUGAUUGGAUACAUAUAGGUGGGUUUUCCUUGGUUUUAGAGGAGCAUUUUGUGGGUGGAAGAAAUGGGAGCAUGUUGCAGCAGGGAAAAGAAGUUUGAAGGAGUGGUGGGGGGAGAGGUUGAUGACGUUGAAGAUGCGGGUGAUGUUCGAGUUGAAGAUGGAGGGUCUCGUGUUAGGUUGGGAGGAAAUUCCAUGUAUACGUCAAUGUUCACUCAAGGAGGAAGAAAAGGGAUCAAUCAAGAUGCCAUGACUGUUUGGGAGGACUUUUCAGGUGAGAAAGGCAUGUUUUUCUGUGCUGUGCUGGAUGGACAUGGUCCCUCAGGCCACCAUGUUGCAGGCCUUAUACGUGACAUUUUACCCUCCAGGCUCUCCUCUGCAUUUAAGCUAUCAUUACCUAAUAGCUCCAAAUGUGACUCUGAUAUUGUUCAUGGCAACCAUAAGGAUGAUAGCAAAGAUAGCCAUGAGAACAAAAAUUUUGAGUACCCACUAUUUCCUUUGUGGAAGGCCAGUUUGAUUAAGUCCUUUGAAGAGAUGGAUGAAGAACUUGGCUCCAAUUCCACUUUUGACAGCUUCUGCAGUGGCACAACAGCAGUGACUGUAAUCAAACAGGAGGACCAUUUGAUAAUUGCCAACUUGGGGGAUUCUCGUGCGGUUCUUUGCACUAGAGGAAACAGAAACCAACUCGUUCCCGUCCAACUCACAGUAGACUUGAAACCAAAUCUUCCAAAUGAAGCUGAAAGAAUUAAGAAUUGCAAAGGCCGGGUAUUUGCUUUACCUGAUGAAUCUGGGGUGUAUAGACUAUGGAUGCCUGAUCAAAAUUCCCCUGGUCUCGCCAUGACAAGGGCUUUUGGAGAUUUCUGCUUGAAAGACUACGGCCUUAUCUCUAUUCCUGACGUUUCUUACAGAAAGCUAACAGACAAGGACGAGUUUGUGGUCCUAGCAUCUGAUGGGGUAAGAAAAAGGAAAGAUCCUGUCAAUGCAAUAAUCUUCAAACUCAUGGUAUCAGCAGCUAAACGAGUAUGGGAUGUGUUAUCAAACUCUGAGGUCAUAAGGAUAGUUGCUUCAGCUAAGAAGCGAUCCAUGGCAGCUCAGCUGUUAGUAGACCGUGCAGUCCGAGAAUGGAAGAUUAAAUAUCCGGGCUGCAAGACUGAUGAUUGUGCAGUCAUAUGCUUGUUCCUAAAAACCCCACCUUUGUCAACCAAAUCCACGUCAAAAAAUGGUCAGGAUGGUGUGAAUAAUCACCAGCAGCUUGCAGUGUCUCAACGUUCAGCAACAACAAGAAGCCAGCAAGGCUGUGAAUCUACAAAAGGAAACUCAAAGGAGGAGUAUAGUGCUCUUCAAGGACUCACUAGAGAGAAUUCUCUACUCAGUCUUCCUCGGUUUUCCACUGUUCUGGGUAGGCGGAGAUCAACCAACCAAGUACGUUAAAGCUGUUUGAAGUGCAUAAUUAGUCUCGUCAAAUCUUAACGGAACUCCAACAAUGGGGUGGUCCUAGAGUGAUGGGCAUCUCUGUUGACUUGCCUAAAGAAAGAAGCUAAGAUUGUAAAGAAAAAAAAUAAAAAAUAAAAACAUGUAGGAGUAGUAGUAGAUUCAGGAAAAUAAUCAGCAAGACCAGACGUUUCAAGCAUGUACAAAUGUUCAUCAACUUCAAUAAUGGCCUGCACGGGAUGUUAAGUGAAGAUGUGAUGAGCCAAGCUCUUCUUUUAUCAUGUGGGUUUGGAGUUUUUUCUUUUCUCCCAUGCACAUUGCCUGAUGUUAAAUCUUUUCAUCUUGUUAUUCUGUCUAGUGGUUUUUAAUUUCAA